GGAAGGUUUAGAUUGACAGGAGGAAGGGUCGGCUCCCCAGUGUGGCGGAAGGAAGCGCAAUGGCGGCGGCAGUGACCCGGCUCCUGGCGGCGGUGGUGACUCUGGUGGUGGCGGCCCUGAGCCCGGGGAGAGCGUCAGACCAGGUCCCGGUGCUGGCCUGGUCCACCCAGAGCUCCCUCUGGAACCCUGAUGAUGCUCCCACUGUGGGCUGGAUCCUCUCGGCUGAGCAACUCUCCACAUACCUGAACCCCGCUCUUGAGCGGGGACCCAAGACGGUGCUGCUCUUCCUGCAGGAUAAGCUCAGUGUCGAAGAUUUCACCGUGUACGGAGCAGCCUAUGGCAACAAACAGGAAAAUGCUUUCUCCAACUUGCAGAAAGCGUUGGAAACCUCUCCCUCCUCGUUGGUGUUACCAGCUGUUGACUGGCGCGCCACUAGCUCCUUGCUGUCCUCCCUUCAGGCGCAAACGGGCAGGAGUCCCCUCUACGUUCACCAGCUCGCUAUCCGGGAGCUGCGGCUGAACGCCAGUGUGCCGUCUCUGCUGGUGAUCCGCCUUCCUUACACAUCGAGCUCCAUCAUGAUGCCUGCCAAAGAAGCUCUGACUGGGAAUGACAACAUCAUUGGGGAGGUGUUACAGACUCUGACGGUGGAGGGUGUCCCUUUUCUGGCCAUCCUCACCGCUUCCCGACCAUCCAAGAUCGUGCAGGAUGUGCCCAUGGUGGUGAUGGGACCCAGUCGGCAGUUGCUGGCCUCCAGGGAGGAGGUGGAGGUGGUGGAGAGAGGUACCUACCCUCCAGUGGCCUACAACCAGACAGUGAACCGGACCUGUAUCCUAUUCUGGGCGGGUCGCAUUCAGAUCUCCAAAGGGGAUGACAUGGUGGAGCUGACCAACCGCACCUUUGGGCCGGGAGCUACGGUCGAUGUCAGCAGCUCAACGUGCACCAACCACACGGCCAACUUGGUCCUGGAGUAUGAGAACGUUGAGAAACUGGGCUCUGUCCGUAUCGUCUUCCGGAUGUCUAAUCAGCUGUACAAGGUUUCCGCAAAGCGGUGGUUCACCCUGGACCAGGUGGAGGUAUAUUCUGACGGUGAUCGCGCCUCCUUUAACGUCACCCAGAUUUACGCUCCGGCCAUCUACUCCUACCACUGCCAACGGGUCGCCCACGAUGCUCAGUCUGGUUCCAUCCUCCCGUGGUCCACCAGCACCCAGCACUGGGUGGUCAUCUUCGAGGAUUUCCAGAUCCAAGGUUUCGGUGUCCAGGGGAGCCACUUCUCUUAUGCCAGCGACUGCGCUGGCUUCUUCACCCCCGCGAUCUGGAUGGGCCUGCUCACCACCUUCCUGAUGGUCUUCAUCCUCACCUACGGCCUGCACAUGAUCACCAACCUCAAGACCAUGGACCGCUUCGACGACCCCAAGGGGCCAUCCAUCUCUGUGCCUCAGACCGAGUGACCCCCACACCCUGUCGCUCUCGCUCUCUCUCUCUCCCUCCCCUCUUCCUCUGCCACAACCUCCCCCAACCUCUCAAGUGUCUGUGUGUUCCAAGUGUUGCCGUUGAACUCGAGACAUCCCCUGUUCCUUGAAUUGCCCGUCACGGGGUGCUGUUGAAAUAUUGUGCUAUAUAUAUAUUCCGUGCUCCCUCCGAGCACGUUACUCUGUAAAUAGUCUGACUCUUCCAGGGAGCGAGGGACGCUGGUGUAAUUGUUCCUUAAUGUCACCGCUCCCAUUGCGUGUCAGACCGGCCUGCUCACAGACCCGUGGGGGGGCCUUGAGAAAUUGAGGAAAUAUUUGAACUCUGCCUGUUCCCCGAGUGGGGUGGGGUUUGGUGAGGUAACUGUUCCCCCAAGGCCUGUUCCCCAAGGGUCUUCCCCUCCUCCCUCCCUCCUCCCCCACCUCUCUCUUUUCCCCCUCUCUCUCAGGACAGGGAGAGGUGCCAGUAGAAGUGACUGUUCCCCGUUGUGUGAAGAUUGUAAAUAUUGUAUGGGCUGGUUGCGGCCCCUCGGAGUGAUGGCUCUAUGCCCUUUCCAGCCAUGCGGAGGAGCUGCUCUGCGCUGUUUUGGGGGCGGGUGGUGAGGGGAUGUCGCAGAGUUGGCACCCACUUCCCGGCUCCCACCGACUCUGCGGAAUCAGGAAUCCCGCUCUCUAUCCCAGCUCCGUUGAGCUGCGAUGAUGUUGUUUGGUCCCAGAUCAUGUGCUCGCCUUGUAACUGUUGUUGUCUGCUUCUUGUUUACUGGAAACUCGCAUCAAUAAACGUUUCACCACCCCCCCA